AAUGAUUUGUUCUGAGAACAUUUUCAUCAAAUUGAAUAACGACCAGCAGUUAGGAAAAAGCCUUUGCGGACUAAAUGAAACUUCAAGAUUUCGAUUGAAGCCAAGUUCAACUUCUAAAAACUCAAUUAAACUAAACGAGAACAGGAGAGAAAAGAGAGUGUAGACUUGAUAACAUAACUAAUCAAACGAGCUCUAAGCUUAAUUGAGACAAUUUUUGUUCCAAUUUCGUGCCUUGAAGUCAUUUGAAUAUUCGAUCAAAAAUGACUUCGCCGCCCCUCACACCUUCGAAUGCGACAGAUUUAUUCCACCUCGAAAUCCAGGAGGAAAACCCGCUUAGUUUAAACGGGAACCUGGACGACUCGGAUAACGAGAUGGUUCCCGAGUACAUGAACUCAACCGAGGCGGAAGGUGACACGAAGCAAACAGAAACAGUGGACAUAGCGGACGAAAUGUCAAAUAGUGGUGCCGAGAAAGUCAGUCCGGACCAUUUUGACCUGUUGAAGGUCCUCGGGAAAGGUGGCUACGGAAAAGUGUUCCAGGUAAAGAAGAGCAAAGGCCACAACAAGGGUCAAAUUUACGCGAUGAAAGUGCUGAAGAAAGCGACGAUCACGCGCAACGCAAAAGAUAUCACGCAUACUAAAGCGGAGAGGAACAUUCUAGAAUGCGUGAAGCACAAUUUCAUUGUGGACUUAAUUUACGCCUUCCAAACCCAGAACAAAUUGUACCUCAUCUUGGAGUAUCUAGGGGGAGGAGAGUUGUUCAUGCUCCUGGACAAGGAAGGUAUAUUCAUGGAAGAUACAGCUUCCUUCUACUUGGGAGAAAUUACUCUAGCUUUAGAGCAUUUGCACAGCAACGGGAUCAUAUACAGGGAUCUGAAACCAGAGAACAUUCUACUGAACAAGGCUGGACAUAUUAAACUGACAGAUUUCGGACUCUGUAAGGAGUCUCUUGAAGAAGGAAGUGUGACCCACACAUUCUGUGGAACGAUAGAGUACAUGGCGCCUGAAAUCUUGACCAGAAGUGGUCAUGACAAAGCUGUGGACUGGUGGUCCCUUGGUGCUCUUAUGUACGACAUGCUCACUGGCGGACCUCCAUUCACCGCCGACAGUCGCAAAAAGACGAUUGAGAAAAUUCUGAAAGGGAAGUUGUCGUUCCAACCGUUCCUGAGUGCUCACGCGAAAGAUCUUUUGAAGAGAUUGCUGAGGAGAAAUGCUGCCCAGAGGUGGGGAACUGGAACGGCCGAUGGAGCCCAGAUCAAAUCACACGCUUUCUUCAGACAGAUCGACUGGAAUGCCUUACUGAAUUUCCAAGUGCCUCCCCCGUUCGAACCGGCAAUCACACACGAUGAAGAUACAAGUAAUUUCGACACAAAGUUCACCAAAAUGCCCGCAGUAGAAUCGCCCUGUGGUUCCAUGACCUCAAGUGACCUUGACCUGGACAUAUUUAAUGGCUUCACAUACAUCGCUCCCUCAGUCUUCGAAGAGAUGCGCAAACUGCAGACAGGUCCAAUGAGUUCAGUUUCUGGAAACAGACCUUCGCCUCGGAAAAGGAACUACAGCUCACAAGCCCAUUCACCUCCUCGCUCCAAUGAAGUUCCCAACGGAAUCGGAGUCGUUGGAGGAGCGGAAGUGUCUGCCGGACUGUUUGCAGGGCCAAACAAGGUAUCGGCGUUGAACGGAUACCAGACCCAACCGCAGUCCUCGGGAGCGAACAUCAAUCACAUGCAAACAUCAUCAUCAACAGUAGCUUCAAACGCCUCUCAGUUUCAAAACGUGAACGCGAAUUUAUCAGCAUCCACUUCCAAGUCAACAUUCACGGGGGCUAAGAUGGGCACUGUUUCCAUGACAACUGCCGCGAUGGUGAAUGGAAGCGUCUCCAAUAACAACCUCAAAGGAGGCGCACUGAAGGCAGCUCAAGAAGACAGCUUUGCAAGCGGUAGUCCAAUGGAGGUAUCGAAGGUUGAAUGAAAUGAAGAUAAAACCAAGAAGAACUACUACUAAUAGCCGACCAAAUUGUCAAUCGCUCCUCACACCCUUGCCCCAUCUAAACAGAUCAAAAGAACCCUAUCAAGUUGAAAAGUGUCUUCAGAUCACGUGAACAAAUAAGGGUUCUUGAAUGGACUUGAUUUUCACACCGAGGUUGUGCAGAGGAUGUUAAAUAGGUUUCCGACGGCAUAAUUGCGCAAUGAACUGCCUUUCCUCUUACUUGAGUUUUAAUUGUGCAUAAAUUCGUUUUCUUCCUGUGUUUUACAGUAAAUUAUCUUCUCUAUGAUACCUACUACAUACUUUAUACAUUGUCAAUGGUGCUAACUGUUUAUAAUCAGUAAAACAAAUCUGUUAAAAUCAGUAUUUUGACCGACCCAUGUCCUUAAAUGCAGUUCUUCUCGGAAUUUGAAUUUGCGCUUGCUCUUUAUUGAUCUAAUUUACUAAUUAAGUUGCGCAUUUCUGCAUAAUAAUGAAUGAAUUGAUGUUAGAAUGCUUCCGCGCUUAAACUCUUUGUAGCCACCUAAAGUCAUUGGUCAACGCAGCAGCUCCCUUAAAAUCAUUACAAUCAAUUAUUGUAUGAUUUUUUGCUGAAAUUUUUUGUCUGGCGAUAUAUGGAAUGGUGGAUUAAUGAAAUUUAUUUUUGACUACCAACUUAUUUGUCAGCAUUUUCCAAUUUUUUUCAGUUCUAAGCGUCAAUACAAGGGUUGCAAAAGGCAAAAAAAGGAAGACCAAAUGAGCUCUGAAAAAGACUCAAUUUUCUCAAACGUUCUAACAAGUUUCGAUUUCGACUUUCGUUGAAAUCUCGAUUAAGUAGAUUUUGUAGCAUAAUCUUACAUGAACUUAAAUGUCAUGGGCAAAUAAUAAGCUCGCCAGGUUAAGAUAAUUAGUGCCCUUGCAAUUGCUAAGAGGUUGACCAAAAGGAUAGUUAUAAACUGCCACCGCUUAAGCUCAGCAGGCGAGUUUGAGUUGAAAUAUUGUAUAUUCAAAUUAUGGUACCAUGCGUAAUAAUAUCAUAGGUGAAUCUUAGACAAACUCAAAUCAGUCACUGUCUGGCUUUCAAAUCACAGCCUGGGAAUGACCUAUAAGUUUACUUUUAGUCUGCAUAAGUUUGCGUUCUGUUUACUUUUUAAUCGCGCCAAAAAGCUCCAGCUUAUCUUACUGAACAGAAAAUUCUGAAUUUUUCAUAGGAAUAGCUUUCAAAUAAGUUGGUAAGGUUCAUUGAUCUAAGAACUGCCUAUGGAAUAUCAAAAGAUUGGAAAGUAUCACAGAAACGCCUUUGAGACCAUUUAAAUUGGUUAUAGUUAUUCGGAUGUCUUUGAUGCUUUCCUAGUAAUUUCUUCGUAUUCGGAUGUGGAGCUAUUCUAUAACUUAUUAUUUCUCUGAAAGUCUUUUUUAUAUGUUGAACCUAUUGUAGUAAUGAUGGUUGGAAUCUGAACAAUGACAUAUUUUGAAUUGAAAUGAAUUAUAAUUGAAAUGGCAGCCAUUCUGUAAAGGGAA